CUGUAGCUGGAGACAUUGUAUUGGCUGUGAUAGACAUAGUAGGGAUGUUGACGGCGACCACGCCUAGCAACGGCGUCACGCCUAGCAACAGCAGCGGCAUCAGCGGUACGGGAGGGAACAAUACUGGUGGCGGCAGCGUCUGGACGAAGAUAACAAUUGCCACGUGGGUAGAGCUGGGGGUUGACGUGCUUUUCUUAAUCAUCUGCAUUCUGCUGAUCGUCGGUGCUGCAAAGAACAACAGAGUGCUGUGCAUGGUCUGGCUGGUAGCGGCUGGCCUGUGGACGGCCUUCAUGGCGGGAGAGGCCGUGUAUCUGACCGUGGAGCGGUACCUGGUUCUGAGAGACCUGGACAAGCUGUGGCAGACUUUCCUGGACACGCUGAUCAUCAAAUGGGGCGUAGUGGUGGUCUGGCUCUUGAUGCUGAUCGCCGGCGCUGUUGUGGUAUCGUCUCAUGUAGCGGACAUACGAGACGACAAGGACGGACCACUGCUAGCCGAGCCCCAGAGAUCCUACCCAACAUAAUACACCCAACCGGCAACUGUUAAAACACAAUUGGCAGUUCAACCAAUGGCAGCAUGGCAAUUAGCGGUUCAACCAAUCAGAAUGUUUGCAUGUCGGUCAAAUAUUUGAAUUUUUAUGUUUUGGCCGAGGUACAAAGUGUAGGUACAAAGGAUAAAAUGUAGGCGGGACUAUAGGAAGGGUCCGUUAGCUGUUGGACCAAUAAUAGCAUGGCAUUUAGCAGUUCGGCCAAUCAGAGUGUCUGCAUAUGCGGCAAAAAUUUGCAUUUCAACGUCUGGACGGAGGUGGGAGGGGCUAUGGGAUCGGUUGAUAAAUAAGUUGAUCAGUUCCAGUAAUCCACUGAAAGCUUAUUUUUAAACGAUUGAUGACACGAAAUCCCUUAUGCUGAUUUAUGAAAUAAAUAAUAUAUUGAGAUAUUAAGUUUUUUCUAACCACAAAAUCCCAUGAACAAAAUGUACAAGUAAAUAUAGAACUAUGAAGAACAAAAGUUUUCACAUAUGCCAUAGUUUCUACCAAGAUAGCAUGUAAAUGUUUCUCAUUUGGCGGAGAAAUAAAGUCAUGGAACUCUGAUGAAAAACCUUAUGCUAUAACUGUUUU